AUGGAGCCCAGGCUGGUGACAGUCCAGAGCUCGGUCAUGCUGCUGCGCCGCAGUGAGCAUCGUGCGGUUCUCAAGUCCUUGGAGGAUGGGCACCUCGUCUGCUUUGGGCAAGAUGAGGAAACCAAUAUCAGCGUCAACGUGUAUUGGGGACAACAGGGUAACGGAGACCUGGCCACAGCUUGUCAGGAUCCUUCCAUUGACUACAUCACUCUGGGUUUCGUCAACCUGUCUCCGGAGAAUGGAGGCGCUACUGGAUAUCCCGGCGACAACUUUGGUGCUCACUGUUGGGCAGAAAAAUACAGCGUUGACGGACAGACCUCUGAGCUGCUGACCACAUGCCCUUCCCUCACGCCGGGCAUCGCUGUUUGUCAAGGGCUUGGAAAGAAGGUCCUUCUCUCCAUCGGUGGCGUCUACAGUGCCUACAGCAACUACACGGUUUCCACCGAAGAGAAUGGAGUUGCCUUUGCCGAGUUCAUCUUCGGCGCUUUCGGCCCAUACACCGAAGCUUGGGCAGGCCAGCCUAGGCCUUUCGACAAUGGAGACAGCCACAAUGCGGUUGAUGGAUACGACUUCGAUCUCGAGUCCUCCUCUGCUGGUGAUUUAGGCUACGCGGCUAUGAUCACAACCUUGAGAGCAUUGAUUACCGUAUCUGGACGAGCAGACAUUAUCACCGCCGCUCCCCAGUGCCCGCUUAACGAAUAUCAAAACAUGAAGUACCUACUAGACAACGUGCAGUUUGACCGACUAUGGAUUCAGUUCUACAACAACCCAGACUGCAGCCUCCUAUUGGCCGAUGGCACUCCCAACCCGGGCUUCAACUAUGCUGCCUGGGAACAAUACCUCGCCAGCACCCCGAGCAGUAACGCAAAACUCCACAUUGGUCUCCCGGGUAGUGCAGAUGCUGCCGGUAGUGGCUAUGUGGAUGCCUCUGUUGCUAGUACUUAUCUCUGUGAAUAUGGAGAUUACUCAAUGUUCGGUGGUGUCAUGGUUUGGGACCAAUGGUUUGCGGCUCAGAACACCAUCAACGGCGCAUCUUACAAUCAAGUCCUGUACGAGUCAAUGAAGUGUGGAUGCAAGGCGUGCCCAGUCCCCACAAGCACAAUCUCGACGGUCAUUUCCACGUCCGCUGCGAGCACAAGCUCAUCCACGCUCCCGCCAGUCACCCUCACAUCUUCCACAACCACAUCGCCCGUUGCCACACCAACGUGCACUGGCUUUGUUGGUUACGACAAGGAUGGCACAAACAUUGGUUUCUACGCCGACGCAGCUUCAGCAACUUACAGUGGCUGCCUCGCACUCUGUGACGCUAACGAGAACUGCUUGAGCUUCGGCGUCCUCUCCACUCCUGCGUGUGCCCUCUAUUCUUACAGCGUGGAGGGCAACGAUGUUGCAGACGCGAACUCUGGUAACACCUUCUACAACAAGGGUGGCGUUUGCCCGCAGCCCUCAAGCAGCAGCUCCGUUGUGACCUCAGCCACGGCGACAACUCUCCUGUCGAGCUCGAGCACUUAUGUUGAGUCGUCCACAGUCUCCACAAGCUCAGACGCUAGCAGCUCCCAGACUUCGGAGACUAGCACUUACUCUGCCACAACUCUGACGACUUCAAGCGGAGAGACCGCCUCUACCUCGGAUGCCUCAAGCAGCACUGAAGUUUCAGAGACCAGCACGUACUCUGCUACAACUCUGACGACUUCAAGCACAGAAACCGUCUCCACCUCAGAUGCCUCAAGCAGCACUCAGGUUUCAGAGACCAGCACAUACUCUGCUACAACUCUGACAACGUCAAGCGCAGAAACCGUCUCUACCUCAGACGCCACAACUCUGACAACAUCAAGCGCAGAAACCGCCUCUACCUCGGAUGCCUCAAGCAGCACUGAAGUUUCAGAGACCAGCACGUACUCUGCUACAACUCUGACAACGUCAAGCGCAGAGACCGCCUCUACAUCAGAGGCCUCGAGCACGGAGGUGCCUCCCCUGACGUCCGAGACCGACAGUAUCAGUAUCAGCUCUACCACGACCUGGGGCAACACAACGUGGACCACCCAGACAACCUCCUCUGAGGCACAGACGACCCCUACCACGAUUAUAAGCAGCAGCAGCAGCGUUCAUCUGUCGACCAGACCUCCUACAUCAUGGUCUAACACUACCUGGACGUCCAACGGACCGAGCUCCACGAUAGAGACUGUGGACUCAUCAACUGUGGACUCAUCAACUAAGGAUUCAUCAACUGUCGUCCCGACCACCUCGACCUCCGUGGCACCUGAGCCCACUACCACAGGCAGCAACGGGCAGACGACGCAAACCUUCUACUCGACUACUGUCCUAACCGUGACCUCUUGUGCUCCAACUGUGACAGAUUGCCCAGGCAAACCACAUGUCACAACGUCUCUGAUCCCAGUCUCUUCGACCGUCGUCUCUGUGGGUCCCACAGGCGAUGAUGAGACUGUCACAGCUACCGUCGUCCCAGUCACUUCUACCUCAUCGGCCGCGCCUGUGACUGACGGCGAGCAACUGACCACGAGCACGGUCUACAGCACCACGAUCUACACAGUCACCUCGUGUCCGCCUGCCAUAACCGACUGCCCCGGCAAGCUCGGGUCAGUGACCACACAGAUUAUCGCCAUCUCAACGACUGUCUGUCCCGUCACCGAGGGUGGCCAUGCCGCUCCUACCCCGCCUGCUCAAAAUGGCGGCAGCGGCUCAACUCCCUCGGAGACAAAGCCUGCUGGCUCUGGCCCUAGCCCUUCCAGCCCUGCAGAGAACGAGGGUGGCAGCCCCAGCCCAUCCGCCCCAGCCGAGACCGAAGGCUCCCAUCCUAGCCCGCCCGAGGGGACAGAGGAGGGCACUUCCACUUCCACUAUCAAGACCAAGGUUUACAGCACGAUCACUCUCCCUGUCGUCUCGAUCCCUACCGCUGGAAGCGAGGGCUCCGCACCGCCGCCAGUGAACAAUGCUGGAUCUGGACCAAGCUCAGGCUUCAGCAACAGCACGGCGACGAAGACCUUCAGCCUGGCGACCAUCAAGCCCACUGGAGCCGGUGUGCCUGUGCCGCAGAGUACUCAGACGUCAGUCGUGACUGCUGGCGCUGCUCGGAGCGCUGCUGGUAUUGGCAUGACAGUUGUAAUGGGUGUUAUGGUUUUCUUUUUGUAG